CUGGUUUGUUUGACUGCACCACUUCAGGGUCGUACUUAUGGACAUCAAGGUUAACAUCGAUGGAGUACUCAGAGAAGUGUGUGGGAUUAAUGAAGGAACAACAUGUGAAGAAGUGAUUUUUAAGCUUGCACAGAUUGCUAGUUUGCCUGGAUUCUAUACUCUGGUUGCCAGCUGCAGAGAUAAAGAAAUUACACUAUCUCCAGAGGAGAAAAUUAUAAAUUUCAUUAAAGAAACUAAAGAAAAUCCAUCUAACAUAUGUUUUAUUCUUCGUCGAUUGGAGGCUGUAUCUCCUUUCUCUCCGAAAAUCCCCAAAGCAUAUCCUCCUAUUCCCAAUCAUCAACCGACAAGUCGUCCUCAUCAACAGUCCUCUCGUAGUUCAUCACGACGUUCUAAUGUUCCAGUGACAUCUGAAAAUAAAGAAUUAUAUUCCUCUACUUCAUCAUCCUUACCGAUUCCAGCUCAGCAAUAUGCUAGUUCUGCAAAGCAAUCAAGAAUAUAUCGUUGUGAUCCUAGUCAUGAACUAAUUCAUUCUACCUUAGUAACCAGUGCUGCUGGUGAAGAAAAAUCAUAUCACGAUGUUGAUCAAUAUAAUCAACUUAAAGAUCAGUUGGCAUAUCAAGAACAGCAAGUUGAACUCAAUCGGAUACGAUUGCUUCGAUUAGACAAGGGUAAACAUUUUGAUUAAAUGUAUUGUUUUUUUCAAAUGGUAUUUUUCAACAAUGACUUGAGGAGAUCAACCUGGAUGAUGUAUUCAGUGUGCAUGUUUAAAACCUUAGAGAUAGACAAAGUGAUGUAAUUCUAAUUAAUAUAGGGAUAAGUUAAUUAUGAUCAAGAAAACAAUUUUCAUCCUUUCUUUUUUGCAUGAAACUCAAAAAUGAAUCAGUUUUGAUUGAGAUCAUAAGUCGAUCAACGUUAGAGUACCAUUGAAGAACUAGAAGCACUAAACGGUCGUUUCGUCAUAAUACGGGGACUCCUCAGCAGUGCAUAUCCGCGAUCCCGCGCGCGAACACUUAGUCUCUAGACUACUAAGCCGGCAUCCAGCAGUGUUAACGUCUAAAUUCAAUCCACGAAAUCGCACGACCAUCUUCUAUUGUCUUCGGUGAGUAACUGCCUCACACCUCGUACGGAUUAGCUCCGCUGGUCACGGAUGAAGUUAGACGUUAACACCGUUAGGUGCCGGAUCAAUAGUCUAGAGAUUAAGCGUUCGCGUGAGGGAUUGUGGAUUUGCACUGCCGAGGAGUUCCAUACUAGGACGAAACGGUCGUCCAGUGCUUCCAGGUUUUCAAUGGUGGUCCAACAUUGAUCGAUUAAUGAUCUUAAUCAAAACUCAACAGUCUCCACAAUCCUACACUGAAUCAGUUUUAUUUUGUGACAUUCGAUAUUUUUGAAACACUAAUGUAGUGAUUAGUCGCCUAGGCUGAAUGAUUCUAUGACGUACACAAUUGUUGCGCACUAAUACUAGAUAAUCCACCCAAAACGAUUAAUCAUCCCAUAUAUUAAAGCAAUCAAGAAUAUGUUAUUACCAGCCUGAAUAACAUAAAGCGUUCUAUCAUUAAAAAUUAAUAUAUUUGCAAAAAUAUCUAUCGCAAAAUACGCAGAAUUAUCUCCCCACACUAAUUAUCCAACCAAGAUUAUUGAAUAUACGUAUCAACAUCACAUAAGAAGAAAAGCUGUAGGAGUCACGUGUGUGUGUGUGUAUAGUGCUCAGAACAUCUUAAGUUGUUAAGGUUUGGUGUGAGGGAAUUCUUCUAUAUCACCGUAGAGUAAAAAUGACAAUGAUAAUAGGUAAACAUGUGCACAGCAGUAGAUACCACCCCGGUGGUGGUCUAGAGGUUAAGACGCACUGAUGAUUCGUUACAUACUAGGACGAAACGGACGACCAGUACUUUCAGGUUUUCAAUAAUUGCAUAGCUAAGACCACUUCGUGUUUUAAGCGAUGAAGAUGUUCAACGUGUCAAAUCUUUACUGUUUUCCAUGUAAAUUAGACAUAUUAUGAAAACCAAUUUAAUUUAUCUACAUCAAAUUAACCAUAAAUCAUUUUGUUUAAUGGUUCACUGAAUAAUAUGCAUUUGAGCUGAAUAAGCAACAGUUGUAAAAUUGCCAAUGAUUUUCACAUUAAACUCCCCCAGAACAUAUAGUCUUAUAAGUCUUCCAUCUGCUUAACUGUUUUGUGAAUUAAUUAAAAUUUUUGUAGCCGAUGAUGAAUUCAUUUGUCGUGGUUGCUUGAAUCUUCCCAUUGAUGUUUAGGACUGAAACUGAUCAAUCUCCUUUUGGGAUAUGUGCAUCCUGUGCGGAUUGCUUCGGUAUUGCCUAGAAUCACAAGCAUUUUAGGCAGAGAAGGAAUCAAGGGCGUGCGUUUCAUCCUAGUUGAGACUCAUCAGCUGGGUGUACCUGCGUCCUGGAGUUGAUGUUCACCAUCAGACUCGAACUCAGUUAUCUGACGAACUUCCUAUAAAACAUUUUACAUUUAUGAGAAGGAUUCAUAAACAAGCCUUUAAGGUGAAUAUAUUCAUACUUGGAUAGACAAGAUUUAUGGUAGCUAUAUUUCUAUAAUAUUAAGAUCGGGAAAAUUUAUAAUAUGGUUUGAGAAACUUGUUUUUAAAAAAGCUACUACAAUAAGUUUCACUAUUACUGUUGCAAACUACUUUUGAUGUAUACCAACUCUGCACACUAAUUGUAAAGCAACCUCGAAAUCGUAAGACCAUUUUAACAUCUCUGUUUUUUCAUUCGUUCGUUAUAGUCCCACUAAGUAGUUCCUACAGGAUCUUUGAUGAAUGUCGAAAAGUACGAAACCUUAGUAUUUUAAUACCAGUUACUAUUUUGAUAAUUAAAUGACUGAACGGUUAUCUAUGAAGCUUUAAGCAUUAAAUACAUUGCUUUACAAUAUCUUCUGCAGUCGAUUGGCUCAGGAAACGCGUAACUAUUCACACUAUUCAACAGAAGUAUAUCUCAUAAAUACAUAACCUUAAUCCUAGUUUACGUCUAUCUAGUGUUCGUUUUUUUCCAUCCCACAACUUCCUCACAUUUUUGUAGUUUUGCAUCAUAAAUUGAGCCUAUUUAGAUAGCCACUAAGGACUAGGGAGUAUUGGACAAUUGUAUCAUCCUUAUGAGGGACCCCACCACAGGUCGAAACCUGAACUUCCAGGUCUUGCGGCAAGCAUUGAAAUUACUGAUCCGGCAUCCAAUAGUUUACAUUCCUAACUUCAAUUAAUUCAUGAUACUGCGCAACCUAAUUUUAAUGUUAGAGUUAAGUAAACUGUCUCACGCCUAACUUGGUUGAACUAUACUAAUCACUACUUCUCGCCAGAACUCCAGGAGUUAUGAAGUUCACCAUCCCCUACUUCCGUAUAUUUAUCUAUCACAUGCAUAUCUUUAUACUCAUGAACAAUGCAUUCAGAAUAACAUGUGCAUAGGAUAUAUUUUUUCUAGUGGUGUUUUAUACAUAUAUAUGUAUAUAAUACACACCAUUUAUCCAUGUCUAUCUUGUAAUAUAUAAGUCAGUCUAAUAGUGUAGUCUGUCAUGGUUAGUCAGCGAGCUAAUUAACUUCACCAGUGCUAUACUAAUUCUUCGUUAGCCAAUCUGUGAAACUCGGUGUAUAAUCUGUCUCUCCUCUAUACAUGUAGACACAUACAGUUGAACUACAAAUCAAGGUGAAACCGCCUACGUAAUUUCAUUGUUUUUAAUUCUUAUUUUAUAGACUAUAAGGGAGUAGUCAUGUAUACAACUAACAGCUAGUUAGUCAUCACAUUAAACAUAUUCUUAUAAAUCUAGUCAUUGUUGGGGCAAUAACCUUCAAAGCCUAAUCUCAAGGUUAUCAUUAUACUCUUUCUAUUACAGCUUAAUUAUAAGUCAGCACAGAUAAAAUCCAUUCUAAUUGUUGACAGGUUGUUACUUGUUUGUUUGAUUUUUUUUCUAAAAACACAAAGAAAUGAAUAUUGGGUUUCUUUUUGUUUUUUGCUGCUUUUGCCUAAACAAGUUAGCGAUGGAGAAAAGUCACUAAUGAAAAAUACUUGUACACUUGCUAAAGUCAAAAAAUAGAUGACUAUUAUUGUCAUCAAUACAAUAUCAUUAGAACACAAUGUGAACAUCAUAUAUACUACGAGAGACAGAGAUUUCAACUGUCGAGAAGUCAUAGUUUAGUGUAUUAAUGAUAUAAAGUCUGAAAAUUUUAGGAUAUGACUCUCAAACAAGUGGUUUUAAGGAUUAGACGAAAUUGUGCCGAUUUUCAUGCAAUUACAAACUGUUGAAAUAGGUUUUGUUCAAGACGUUCCAUGUGUUAACCAAGACUGAUCAAAUUCCAGCCAAAAAUAUCAACAACGGGAUAAUCCAAACCAUUUCAAAUUGGAUUAUAUUUUCCUGUUGAGUCUAGAUAAAAGUAUGAGACGGGAAAUGCCCAUUUAAUUCCUAAUCACUGAUUCAUUCUCUGACCAACCUCUGAGGGGUACUUCCCAAAGUUCUCGUGCGAAGCCGUGAUCGUUAGAGUCCAAUCAUGCCGAGCGUAAGACAAAUAUUUCUAACUAUGGCACUUGACUACAGUCACGAAUUAAUUGAAGUUAGAAGUGCAGGUCAUUAGAUGGCAACUCAACGAUCUAAAAGUUAAGCCCUCGCCGCGAGGCCCGAAAUCUCUGGAUUUGAAACCCUAGUUGGGUCACGGACCCACACUAGUGAGGAGUCUUAUACUGGGACAAGUUAGCUGUCCCUCGACUAUUGCUUUUUAACUGUCGUUUAACAUCAGCCGCUCUACGAUGUAAAACUACAAAACUCGAAAACUUCCAGAAACCCCACUGUCAUACCACACAUAAUCGAUUAUUUUCUUAUCGUAUGCAUUCUAUACACUCAGUUAUAGUUUCCAAGGUAAAUUAACCGUUUACUGCAAAUAAUUAAUUAAAUACGGGUCAGUUCACGCGUCAUUGAACCACAUACUGUAUACGUGUGUUCAAAGGCUAGUUUUAGUAUUCACUUUGCUAAACCAAUAUAGGUAGACAGGGUGAACGUGUAACCAAUCUUUUUAAAGAGCAAGCAGUUCAUUUCCCGAAGUGCUAUUCAACCUAUUGCUAUGAUCAAACAAUUAAUUGGCAAGACUCUUGGUCAUAGACCAGGUCGUGGAUUUAAAUCAGUUGGAAUGUCAUUGAAAAGCCCGGUUUGUUCAAUUCAUGUGCUAAGCAUAGAUUAGUAUGCUUAGCUUAGAGCCACACUCUACUUAUAAGGGCUAGUGAUGUCACCUGGUUACCCAAACCAAAUUAGGUGUAGCGGAGUCUGGACCUGCGACUUAUUGACUGAGGGUCGAGGGUCUUAACCGCUGUGAUAAUAGAAAUACUGAGUAGCUAACUUGAUCGUAAUGUGCGAAUAUUCGGCAGCAGUGCGCGCUACUAUUCGCUCGGGAUUGAACCCAUGUCACCUUAAGGUUUUAUAAUGAGUGAGUGCAUCACCCUUAGACCAUUGCAGUCUAUAAGUUUUCAUGUUCAUAUUGUCCCAAACUCGAACGAAACAUAUGUGUCUAGUGUUUCUUCGUUGUCACUGAUAUUAUCAACCCAUUACUAAGGCCAAAAAUUAAUAUAAUCUGACUACAAGUUAUAACUUAUCAGUAGUUAAUGGGUGAAUAAUGAGAAUAAAGGUCAAUAAAAAGAAUAAAUGUUUACACAAUCUAACAUUUUCAUAAUUACUAUACACUAACUGAUCAAUUAUUUCUAAUAAAAUAUUUUCUUUUCUCGCCAGAAAUCAAUCAUUUAGAACAGUCAGCCCGAUUUGGUGGUAAUAACAACAAUAGUAAUAGUAAUAAAGAUGGUUAUUCUACGUUGGAUUUAUUAAGUGGAUCGGCUGUUGGUCCUGUGGCAGAAUUGGCCCAACUAGCAGCUACACCAUGGUCACAAUUAUUAGAUACAAAUCGUGCCAGACAACGUGAAUUAUUAUCAGAAUGUGAACGGCAUAAAAUUGCUAUCGACCAAGUGGAUACUCAUUUAGCUAAAACAAAGUAUGUGAUUAUUUAAUACUAUUAUUAUUAUCCCGUAAGUUUUUUACCGCUAAUCAUCAUUGAACUCAUUUUAUCGGUGCCAAAGAUAAUCAACAUAUUCACAAAAACGAGCUAGAAAAAUGAGCCUAAAACCAACUACCUAGCUUAGGGGCCGGGAUGGUGGUUAGCAGUGAUAUUAUUUGAUCCUACUCUUUACAUUACCGAUGAUCUAAUAAAUGUCAUGUCUUGUUGUAAACUAAGUGAAAUUUUCUUCGGACAUAAGUUUACAUCUUAUUUUUAGUUCUUCAAUUUGAAAAUGGUAUUCGCUUUGUGUUAGAGGAUAAAACUGAUAUAUUGAAAGGCACAAACAAUCUAGGGAUGAUCUGGUAUAAUUAGUUAUGAUCAACAAACAACCAACGGAGCCAAUGUCCAUUAGCUCAAACUGCCCACUGCAUUAACUAAAUGAAAACGGCCUGGAAUAUUAGUAGUGCCGAUGAUAACGAAACUAGACAUGAAGAAUAUAGUUCAAAAGAAAUGAAAUCAAGGAAUAUAAAGUGUCAGACAAAACAUUGAAGAUAGAAAAAUAAAAUGUGCCUGCUCUUUUGAGACCGAGUUUGAGCCAUGUCAUCUAAGGUUUCCUCCAACCAUUGAUCACAAUUAUCGCGUGUACUCCGACUAGGUAGUUUAAACUUACUAACACGAUUUAGACGAACAUUCACUGACUUCAUGGAAUGGUAUUAUCUUUGUCUCUUCCCCUCCCGCAGCUUUCUUCUAAUCUACUUAAACACCAGACAGCAUCGAAGUUGACAGAUGAUGAUUCAGCAUACGAAACAUUUGUCCCAGGCACCUCAGUCCAAAUAAGCUACACUUCACACAUCAGAACGACAGGAAAUUAAAGAAUUUAAUUGGUGAUCAAAACAUUAUUAUUAUUAUUCAUUUUUGCAUUGGUUGUUUGGACCUUCUCAUUGAUGUUUAGGACGAGACGCACAUCCUGGAUUCCUCUGCUAGCCACCAUCAACUCCCCUUAUCAUUAUUAUAAUAAGCGAAUGAAAAUAAAAUAUAUGAAUUAAGAUAGUGAAUUGAAUAACCCUAUAUAGAACAAAGUGAAAAGAAGUGGGGAGACCAAUUUCCAGUGUCUUUUUACUUUCACUCGCAAGUGAAAGUCAGUUGUCGACAGUUUGGUAAACUUAUCAAAACAAUUGAAUCAAGUUCUUAGAGUAUGUAUUGUCUCCAAUUCAGAGGGAAUGAACUACCACCUAUUUUUUGUUUUCAACAGUAUCUCAGAAAAGAACUUUAUGUAAACGAAUUUUGCUAAGGAUAUUAGGAAAACUGCUAGGUAGUGGCACAACUGUGCUUAUGGAAAAACUUAAUAAAAUAUAACAAAAAUCUCAUCAACAUCUGAAAAUACAUUUCAGACACAUUAGUGAGACUAUCAAGCGCAUCCUAAUUACACGAAUUAGUCGAUUUCAGGCCUAUAUAGUUACGUUGAUGCUUAGUAUGUAAUUAAGUCUAUAUGUCUCCCAAUGUUUAUCAUUCACUUCAUGAGCCUCUUGAUUUAAAAAACAAGUCACCAUAAUGCAUGCCGAUAGUCUAGCAUCAAAUACACAGUAACCAAUGGCACAUACUACUUCAUUUUCUUUAAAUAAUAACACCUUAAGUCGAAAAUCGAGUGGUCCCACAAACAAAGGUAAUUGAAUAUCAUUGACCCUACUUAUAGCUGCGGUUGUACUCGGAUAAAUAACUAUGUUCAAAACAACACACAUCAAAUCUACUGACAUAGUAUUACUUAGCGACAUUUUUUAGCAAAGUUCUUUUCUACAGGACGGUGUUGCUUAGCCCAUGCCCAUUUCCCCCCUUUACCGGACUUGGGAUCGGCUGUAGCUCUAGAGGUGUCCCAGACAGAAUUCUUAAAAUAGUAUACAUUAAUCGGAUAUCUGUCGUGUUUUAUAGUAUACAAACUAAGAAUUUCACUAGUAACUAAACCUACUUGUCAAGGCAGAAACUAGAAUCAAUCCACAAAGUUACAAAAAUUACCUUGUUCACCUUAAGAUUUCACUUUAAUCUACUACACCUACUACGUAAUAGGAACAUAUAACUUGAUUUUUCCUCCAUUUUUAUUUUUACAACGAAAACAGAAUGAAUUUAUCUCAACUAGAAAAUCAAAUCAGUCAAGAGUUAAAUCAAUUGCUCAAUGAAUUGGAAGGAUAUAAUCAACAUAGAAGGUUACUACUGAAAUCAGCCGGAAGUAGUAGCUCACAACCUCGUCCUAGAACAACUAUCAAUAAUCCAUCAGAGGUGGCAAGCGAUGGUGUUGCUGUAUAAAAUAAAUGAAUUAUACUACCGUCAUAUUAUGUGCAAAUAUUUGAACAUAAACACAAUAAAUAUUAUCUCAUGUAAAUUAUCUAGUUUCAUGAAGGUACAAUCUUUUUUUAUUUUCAUGAUAAUCUUUUUUCUUAAUAUACAAUAUCCUAUGCAUAAAUCCA